GGCGUAGUGGGUGGGAAAAGAGACAACACACAUUUUUAGAACAGAUGGCAGCUACAGCGAUGGCAUGAAAUUGCGGGAGGGAUUUGGAAGUGAGGAGUUCUGCUGUGGGGGGAAGUGAAGAAGUGAGUGCAACAUCACGAGAGCUGCCAGGGGACCCCCUAACAUGUUUAAUUUCUUUGUGAGAAGACGUUAGCAUCUUGGGCACGUUUCAAUAGCGCUCGGAGCGAAGUUGGGAAAAAUCACUUUUACUCCCCCGGACGCAGUCAUUCCGAGCUUACGGCCGCGCUGAUGCCCGGGGAGGAUCCCUGGGAGGCACAACAGAGUUGUGGGGCAAACACGCUGCUCCGUAGCGCGGCCGCUGGAGGAAGCGGUACCAGCGGGCAGCAGGCACGACGAGAGGCCGCCCAGGUGGGACCGGGUUGGCCGCCGCCGCCCACCGAGGCCGCUCCCCCUCGGCUCGGGUUACCUGGGCGGGCCGCGGAGCGGCUCUUCCCGUCUGGCCCGGCCCCCGCGACGGGAAGUGGGAGCGUGCGGCCGCGCUCGGACGGACGGAGCGGAGGAGAUAUGGAGAGCGGCGGCUCCUUCGGAGCUCCGCUGCGGUGUCGGCUGCUGUUUCUCGCCGCGUGUUGGGCGGUGGCAGCGACGGCUGCAGGAGAAAAAGUUCUCCCCCCUCCAUCCAACCUCAGCUAUUCAUUUAUCCAAAUCUGCACCUUGAACUGGACAUGGAACCCCCCGGAGAACAUCAGCAGUAGCUGUGACCUGGAAUAUUCCAGUGACAUACUAAUCGAUGAGGUUUCUCAGCACAAAAACGAGUGGAGAAAGAGUCUCUUUCGUGUGACUGAUACGGUCUUGAAUAAGGAGAUGCGUUUCAAAGUGAGAAGUGAAUGCAAGAACAGUAAUGCCACCAAUCACAGCCAAUGGGUGGAGACCUCUGUUCCACCAAAAGGUGUUCCAGGUACUGCUGCUGUUGGCUUGAGCUGUGUCUGGCACAACCUGGAGUACAUGUUUUGUAUGUGGCAUCCUGGAGAGAAUGCAAGUAGUGAUACCAAUUACACUUUAUUCUACUGGUUUGAUGGUUUGGAAAGACAUAGGGAGUGCGAAAAUUAUUCUGUGAGCCAAGGAAGCUUUGAAUGUGCCUUCAAUUUUACCUUCCCUCAGGCUGCCAAUAGGUACCCACCCAUCAGUAUCUUGAUUAGAGGUGACUCUGAAAAUGUUAUGCCUGUAUGUGCGACUGAAAAUCCCACCACCCUUGUAAAACCUGCCACGCCAACAAUAGUUAAACUAUUGUACGUUAACAAUGGGAUACAUCUGCAGUGGAGUGAAUCGGGCACCAUUCCAGCAAAUUGUCUCAGUUAUGAAGUGAGAUAUCACAAUGGUGAUUCGACCACUGCUCAGAUAAUUCAAGUUAAAUACAACUCUACGUCAAUUCCUAGUGUUGACCGUAAUAGCAAGUACACCUUCCAAGUGAGAGCACAGCCCAAGGUCGAAUGCUACAGCAGCAAGUUCUACAGUGAAUGGAGCGAAGAAAAGAGCAUCGGUGAGAAUCCGAACUCUGCGUUCAAUUUUCUUUUAAUAGUCACCAUUCCAUUAAUAGUGACAGUGUCCACAAUAAUCCUACUCGUUUACCUUAAAAGGCUUAAGAUAUUAAUUCUUCCACCAAUCCCGGACCCUCGGGAAAUCCUGAAGCGCAUGUUUGGGGAGCAGAAUGAGGACCCCCAGAGCUGUGCAAAGGAGGACUGUAUGAAUGGUUACGACGGGUUAAUCAAGGAAGAAGAAAUUCAUUCUUUAAUUUUAAUAGAAACUCCUGAAUCCUCUAAUUCUGAAAAAGAGCACCGAUAAAUUGCUUUCACAGCAGAAGAUAAGGGAAGACCUCCAGAGUUGCUCCUUUAACUCAGGUGACAAUGUGGAUGUGAAAAGGCCUGAGGACCAUUCACCAACUCCUACCUUACAGGAUCCUUUCUGAGCCUUAUUUCUUUGAUGCUCAGAAGAUGCAUCACCAAUGUUGGCCAUUCUUCCAUCUCUGCUAGCAAAAUUCAUCUUGGAUCCUUUGAGAUGGGUGUGUACAUAAACUUCAUGUGACUGCAUCGCAGCAUCUCUUGUUCAGUCUCUGACCUGCUCUGCCCUACUACUUGUCACCUGCACCUGUGUUUGUGCCGCACAGUAGUUUGUAAAUGUUGGCUUCUUUUUGUCGGGUUUUGUUUGUUUUGGAGCACGUGCUGUGAGUUCUCUGAAGUGUUUGGCUUUGUUCCUCAGCAGGUGAGGCAGGGCUUGUUUACAGCAGGUGAGUCACUGUUGUGCUGCACACGGAGCUGCCGACAGAUGGGAUGCAGAGCAGUGGCCGUUUGGGUGCCCUGGGCAGGGGGCUUCCAGGGGGCAUCCGUGGACUGACCUUCCCAAGCUGUGCUUCAGCCAUGGGCUGAAUAAACCCAGUAUGAGGGUUGCUUUUUCUUUAGAUAUGUACAAGACGCCUCCUCACCUUCCAGCUGGUAUCCAGACUGUUCACAGAAGGCUCGCUUUGACUUUUUUUAUCCUUUCAAGUGCCUUAGCUACAAGGCCUUCAUGAACUUUGAGUGUUAAUUAAACUUUUUAAGUGAUGACCGUUAUCUUCACCUCUGUUGUGCAGUGGCUGGUGACUGUCAUAGGACUGUCAUCCUGCUCUGGCCAUAUUGGCCAAAUGACUAUAGAAGCUGAAUCAUAGGGAGUUUAUCCAACAGAUUACCAGGGUGGAUACAUGAGUCCUAAACCACAGAAACUGAGUGAAUGCAAAGACUUCAAAAUUUGCCUGUACUGCUGUGCUGACGGAUUUGGGGAAGGAGAUGAUGACAACCUUGGCCUGCUUUCUUGGGGACAAACUUCAUUGUAUCAGUAAUGAUCAUAGAAUUGUUAAGGUUAGAAAAGACCACUAAGAUCAUCUGCUUCAACCGUAUGGUGACAUUUGAAUUCCAGUUUCCUCUCUUGGGACUUUGCAGUUUUUUAAAAGGUGCUUAUUUGACUUCAAGGAAAAAUUUCCUGAAUGAAAUUUUGAAUGAAAACUCAUGAAUUGAUUUGUUCUUUUUUUUUUUUUUUUUUUUUCCUCUCGCAUGGUUUUAUUUUGAGGUUACUUCACCCAGCAGAGCCCAGCAGAAGUUUUCUGGCACAACUGUGACGUUUCUCUGCACUGAGUUCUGAGCGUUUAUUUUGUGAGCUGUGCUGUAAGGCUGCUGACAGCAGUGUGUGGUUUGUGCUGGAGGCAGAAAGCUGUGGGGAGGAAGGGGAUGUGCCGGGGGGGGGGGGGGGGGCUGAGGGGCUUCUUGCUCCUCCCUCAGCAUCACAGUGUGGGGGUGUGGGUUGUUGAGACCCUCAUAGCAGACUGGGAAGAGAUCCCCAGAGGUUUGCUAGGAGUGUGUUCUGAAACCACUGAUGUUUUGAAACUCAACCCUAUCCUCAAGCUCAGUUCUAUCAAAAUCCUGAAACGAAAUAUUAUUUUUUCCUUUUUUUUUAAUUUUUUUUUUUAGAGCAUACUAUUCUACGAGAAGUAGAACUAACGGAGCUAUAAAUGUACGUCUUUUAGCCUCCCAUGUAUUUCCUCCCCCUCGGCAGUUCCCAGUCCUCACUGAACCACUCAGAUAUUCGGUUCCUUCCACAUCUCUUGCCUACCUCCAGCUGCUGGUGGUGGAAAGGGAAGGAGAAGUGCAGCAGAACUAACAGGUCACAUACUACCUUAAAUCUUCUGCUUGCAAACAUGCUAAAAAUUUAUAUAUAUAAAUUGGUUGAUGAGACAAAACAAGAAGUCUCAGGGAUUUCAGUGCGAUAGAAUGACACUCAGGUUAUACAGAGUCAGCUAGCAGCACUGUUCCAGAGGUAAAAGAAUAGCAUGGGAUGAAAGUUAUUAAUUUUGUUCAUCAACUUUACUCCCGCUGCCAUGCAAUGUUCAUUAUAUUAUUAUAAUUAGCCAUUGUAGAGAGAUAACGAUUUCUCACAUCUACCUCAUCUCAAAUGUUGCUCAUUGUAGAUCACUAGACAAACAAAUGUAUGAUUUCAGUAUCAGUAAUCAUAACACAACGUAAAGGUUUGUGGCUUUCAGUAUUUCAGUCUAGGAAGAUAAUCCUUGGUACUCUGCCCUGAGUUCUUUCGGCUUUGUUCUGGUGUUUAUGGUAAAAACCAAAGUGUGUUUGUUUGGAAAACAAACAAAUUCCAUAAGGAAAAGGAGGGGGUAAAGAUGGACUGGAAGUUAUAGGCUGAAAGAAGAGCUUAAAUACAGAGGGUGGCUUAUAUUGAUAGAGAAAUGUUUGGGGUAAUCCUUAGUUUUCUGUAUAAUAGCAAUUGACACGCUUACCAAUGGAUGGGUGCACUUCCUGAGCUUGUGUUUUAGCAUGCAAAGUGUCUGCGUGUAUUGUGGUCUCCAACGCAUCUUGUUUACAGUGAGGGUUUUCUCCCCAGUUUUGCUAUUGGUUGUGUGCUGUUUGUUGCAGUUACUUGAGCUGUAUGUUUGUUGGGAAAAAAAUUAAAAAAAAAAAAACCAAAUAAAUAUGUUGGAAUAUUUUUCGA